UCUGACCGAGGCCCGUAAGAUCGCAGACCCCUCGUUUUUUUGCCAUUUCAUUCUGAUCUUAGUGCCGUCAUUCAUGGAUGUGCACGCAGAGGCGGGUCCGUUGCACGUGCAGGCGGUGGAUGAGCCACCGGGAGGCGCCACCGUGACCGUCACUGCCGCGCAGUUUCAGCCCCAAACUGUGCCGGGGAGCGACGGCGGGGAUGACCUGCAGGAACCGGGCGCUGGAGCUCAGACACCGUCACCGGCAGCCGCGGCGGCUGAUCCCAUCACGGAGAUCGAGAGCGAGGAUGGAGCGUGCGCAGGGACGGACACAUUGCUGGAGGACAGCGGCGGACAGAGCGCGGUGAAGACGGAGACCGUGGGCUCCAGCUGCAGCAACGAGAGCUGCGUCCCGACACCUGGAUGUCGGAUCUGCUUUCAGGGAGCCGAGCAGGGGGAGCUGCUGAGCCCGUGCCGCUGUGCUGGUUCAGUUCGACAUGCUCAUCAGCAGUGUCUGCUUAAGUGGAUCAGUGAGAAAGGCUCCUGGAGCUGUGAACUCUGCAACUACAGAUUCAACAUUCUGCCUAUACAUAUCAAACCACCACAACAGUGGCAGAGAGUCACCAUGACUCUGGUGGAGAAGGUUCAGGUUAUUGCGGUGUUUCUGGGUGGGCUCUUCCUGCUGGCCAGUGUGUCCUGGUUGCUGUGGUCAGCACUGAGCCCGGAGGCAUUAUGGCAGCGCAGUGACAUCCUGUUCCAGAUCUGCUAUGGCAUGUAUGCAGUCAUGGACCUUGUGUGUAUCGGUCUGAUUGUUCACGAAGGCGGUGCUGUUUACAAUGUGCUUUUGCGCUGGCGGGCUGUAAACCUCUUAUGGGAUGUCCAGAACUACGAUAAAAGCAGAGACCUAGAGAACACACACAGCCCUCACCGCAACUUAUGGCUACCCCUGACACACAUACACACAGUGUCGAACGCACACUCGCAAACCACCCGACUGGAGUCGUCUCCUCGUUGCCCACUCCACCUUUUCUCCAUGUGCCUGAACGGGACCUCCGACCUCUCGCCACAGGAGCAGGGCUCAGGUGAACUUGUCGUCAGAGUCACAUCAGUUUGACCUAUCGGUAAGCCCCGCCCCCCUUAGUUUGCUACUGUUGCUAACUCAGACAAAGAGCUAACUUUCUUACGAGUGCUUUGUCUUAAGAUGUUUUCAAUGCAUUUUGGAGACAGAAGGAGCACCUCUCGUUGAGAAGUGUCUAAGUGGGAUUUAAAAAUGCAAUUGAGGGAAACAUUUAAAUAAAUAUGGUGG